GCUGCCACUCUCGAUGAGUAUCGAGAUAUUCUGAUAGCAGAUACCUUUGUCGACCUGACGAGGCUGAAACUAAGGGCACAACAUGGUGUUCCUGCGGAGAUAAGAGGAGAAGUUUGGAAAUAUCUGCUAGAUGUAUCGAAACCAGAUAAGUCUGAAGAG